UGCCCCGAGCCCAGCCAAGCCGACACCAUGCCCAAGUGCCCCCGCUGCCAGAAGGAGGUCUACUUCGCCGAGAAGGUGACUUCUCUGGGGAAGGACUGGCACCGGCCCUGCUUGAGAUGUGAGAAGUGUAACAAGACACUGACAUCUGGAGGCCAUGCAGAGCACGACGGCAAGCCCUACUGCAACCACCCCUGCUACGCCGCCUUGUUCGGGCCCAAAGGGUUUGGCCGGGGAGGAGCUGAGAGCCACACAUUCAAGUAAACCUCAGGUCUGACCACCAGGGUUGCCAGCACCGCCUGAAGCCAGCACAAACGCACCGCGACAGACAAAGCAUUUCAGAUUUAAUUCACUCUAGGCUAGACUAGCACGUUAAAAGCAAUAAGUAACCACGGCUGGGGCUGGAGCGGCGAGAGGCUGGGGCUGGAGCGGUG